AUGCUUCGCCUUCUUCUUGCCCUUUUCAUCGCCCAGCAAAUCGCCGCCUUGGCGCCAGCACGAUCUUCCACCUUUCGCCCAGCUGUGACUGUCAACGGUGCUCGCCCACCAGCUGCUGCUUCUGCCAUGAGGGCAUCAGUCAUCUUGCGCAUGUCCGACGGAGGUGAUGAAACCAAGGCAAAAGUCUCUGAGGAUGGAACUUUCUAUGAUGAUGAGAUGGAUUCGGCACCUGUCAAGGAAGGCAUCUCGGAGUCUAUGCGGGAUAGACUUAUCCGGGAAGCAUCCACCGGAUUGGAUGCAGAUCAGAAGCAACCCAAUGUGAUUCUGUACGUUUCCAUCGCUGUUGCCAUCUUGGUAGCUUUGGGUGGCCAAGGCAUCUUGUACUAA